AUGCGCAAGUCUUAUUGUAGUAUUGAGAAACAGCUUAACUCAAUUUGUAAAACAUCAGAAGAGUGUAUGGAUACUAUUUUUUGUAAUCAUGGAAUAUGCAAGUGCGACAGAAUUGAUUACUGGGCAGGUCGCAAUUGUUCAACACGGAAAAACAUCCAUGCAUCCUGCACAAAAACCGAUGAGUGUACAGAUUUUCUAUAUUGCAUCAAUCGAUCCUGUUCCUGCUUUGACCCAUUAAAUGACUUUUGGAACGGAACAGUUUGUAUACCAAAGAAAAAGCAGGGCCAGACAUGUUUCUCUUCAGAAGAAUGUAUUGGAUUAUUAGACUGUUUGAGCACGGAUAAUCAAAGCGUUAAUAAAACUAUAUGCCGAAGAGCCCUAGAAUGUGCUGAUAUAUCAUUUUUACGAAACGAUGCAUAUACUAUUUACCCCGAAGAUGAACACCCAAAGCUGGCGUACUGUGUAAUUGAAGGUGGAGUCAAAUGGACGGUUAUUCAACGACGAAUUAAUGGAUCAGUUGAUUUUGACCGUACUUGGCAGGAAUAUAAAGACGGCUUUGGAAAUGUAAAUGGUGAAUUAUGGUUGGGUAAUGAAGCUAUUCACAUGAUAUCAUCAAACGGACGACAUAAAUUACGUGUUGAUUUGGAGGUAUCAAAUGGUGGAAAGAGUUAUGCAGAAUAUUCAACUUUUCUUUUGAACGAUGAACAAAGUGAAUAUUUACUGAAUGUAACAGGCUACAGUGGAACUGCUGGUGACAGCAUGGAUGCUGUUGGCUAUGAAGGAAGAGUUAACGGAUCUCCAUUUACAACAAAGGACAGAAAGAAUGAAAUUUAUUCUUGUAAUCAAAUGCAUCAUGGUGGAUGGUGGUACGUUAAUUGUGAUUAUUCAGAUCUAAAUAGAGAAUAUGGUUUAAAUGGUUAUCCAUCUUAUAUGGAUUGGCAUUACAAUUUAGGUACCAACGUUGUGAAGAGCAGGAUGAUGAUUUCAAAAUAUUAA